AUGGGAUUAUAUUCAACGACUGUGACUAUCACCAACAAGUGCAAGUACACAGUGUGGCCAGCAAUUUUAUCCGCCGCCGGAAGCUCGUCCCUCGCCACCACCGGCUUUGUCCUCGUAUCAGGUAACUCCAAAACUCUCCCCGUGCCUCCCGCUUGGUCCGGCCAAUUGUGGGGUCGGACCCUUUGCUUCCUCGACACCAACGGCAAGUUCUCAUGUGUCACAGGGGACUGCGGCACCUCAACUGUAGAAUGCGCCGGUGGAAACCCCAAAUCACCCGUUACUCUGGUGGAGUUUGAUUUUAACGGCACCGGCCAUAUGAACCUAUACGACAUCAGCCUCGUGGAAGGUUUCAACCUUCCGGUGAGGGUGGCUUCCAGGGGUGGAAACUGUUCAGCGACGGAUUGCUCGGUGGACUUGAACGCGGUGUGUCCAACGGAGCAUAAGGUGAUUAGGAAUGGAGAGGCCGUAGCUUGCAAGAGCACGUGCCAAACUGAACCAUGCUCUAGUUCACUGUUUUUCAAGACUGCAUGUUCUGGGGUUCGUGUCUACGCUCACGAUCAUGGCUUCUUCACUUGUUCUUCUCCUCAUUAUACACUCACUUUCUGUCCCACUUCCAAGAGUUGGAGGAAAGCAGAGAACAAAAAAGAGCCUUCGGGGAAAAACGCAGUAAAAUACACAGGCGUGUUGGCUGUUAUUAUUAGCGUUAUAUGUGGCUUCAUAAUAUUCCGAAUAAGGUUACGUUUAUCAAACAGAGAUUGGGAAAUCAGCUUGAGCGCAGGAACUACAAAUGACACUGCACAAUGUUAA